AUCAUUCGCACACCAAUGUAGUACAGUCUAGCAGUAAAAAAACAGUGUAUCUCCACUGGAGUUCACCACAGCGCUGUGCCUUGGUUCAUUGCUGGCCUAUUCAAUUCAGCUUCGUGGGUAUUGUUACGGAAAGCGUAAACGCAUUCUUAGAAAAGUGAUAUCAUUGGUUCGAUAGAUCUAUACCUUUGUGUUGGAGGACUUUAGUCUACUUGUUCUACUGCUGUUCUAGGAAAAUAUAAUUAUUGAACGUGUAUAGUCUAUUGGGAGAAGACUAGGAAUAUUGCAUAGCAAGUCAGUAGCUAUGGAUUUUUUCAAACGAUUGAUGAACCGAGUGUAUAGUUUCUUCGGAAUAAAACAGAUAAAAACUUGCCAAGAAAAACAUCAGCAUUUCAUUGGCGUCCAAGAUGUCGUAGACAGAUUUCCAGAAGAGUAUAAAACUGAUGAAGAUUUGCUAAAUCUGGUCAAACACAUGUGUGAUCUUACGGUCCAUAUACAGAUAAGUAAAGGAGAAUCCGGUUUUUUGCACGGAACUGGUUUUAUUCAAAGAGUAAGAACAGCACGAGGGAUUAAAUGUCCUGACAGAAACUGUUCUUUAAGAGGGAAGAGCCACGCGUGGGUCGUUGUCACGGUAACGACCGUGUACCACGUUGUAGAGACGCAAGGGUAUGCCGAGCUGGCUGAAAUAACCUUGAACUUUGACCAGGAUGUGCCACCUUCUCCCUCGUGCAGAGGCUGCAAGCUGCUGGAGUCGGACAAAGAAACGGACCAUUACGAUUGGUGCGCUGUGGAGUGCGAGUCACAUGAACUCGACCUUGAGGAGAAACUCAAAAGCUGCAUAAGUUCUCUAGAGGAACUACAGAGGGCAACGUACGAAAGGUACAAAGGCGCGGAUCCUCGUCUUGUGGUGGUUGUUGGUCAUCCUCACGGGGGUCCUAAGAAGGUUACUUUCGGAAAAUGGACCAAGAAAGACAUUCUCAAAGAGAUUCGAAGCAAUCAGGACUGGUGCCGAUAUGUCCACACGUCCGCCACCUGCCCAGGAAGCAGCGGCUCCCCUGUUUUCAUUCUCGGGCAGCCCCUGUGUGGAUAUGGUUACUGGUUUGGGCACCCUCAUAAUCAUAGCGGCAGGGCGCCAGAUGACAGCGUAGCGUUUACUUCUAUUGGCUCUGAGCACUUACAGUAACAAAAACUAAAAGCUAGAUGGCGCUUUGAGAGAAACGUCUAGGACAAAAGAGUUCUGUACUAAUAUACAGUGGAUCUUCUGGUUGCCAUGUAGGGCUAUACAGAAUUUGAGAGGUUAAAUUAGCCUACAAGAUGGUUGCCGGGUCGUGCGGUAUGAGCACUGGACUGUUGUUCUGUUGUCUCGAUUGUCCCAGGUUCAAACUCUGCCCACUUCCAUCCCCGUGGUCCUGCGGAAGGUUUGGAUUAGGAAGUAAAUUAUUUUCAAAUCUGAAGGAACAUCCGAAACAUGUAACACAUUUUACUAACAAUUCUUAUAUCUGUGAUAAACUGAGCCUUGUUCCCCAGUUUGUGAAUGCCCUUGUGCUCUACACUUUCAUCAAGAGGGUGCACUAUCUUGUGCACAUAGGCGGUGAACAGACUAUUGAACAAUUUUAACCAUUUUAUUUGUUUAGCCACAAAGCAGAAGUGCUACGAAGUGUAACGGAUUUAACGGAUGUAUAUGCGAGUUGUGAUUAAUCUAUUUCUACAGUACCUUGAUAAUAAUCCUAGAUGCUUGGGUAUACUGUAUAGUGUAUUAUAUAUGAGAACAAGAAACAUACAUAGUCACAAAGGAUCAACGCACAGUAAUUAAGUUCACUCAUGAUGAAAUAGAAUAACGAACUUUAUACAGAAUGGGAAACAGUCGAGUCAGUCACUAAAAGCGAUGUUAUCCCUUCAAGAGCCUAGCAGUACUGUCCUAAAAGUCUACAUCAGUAAUUUCUAACCCAAAGCCUAUGUCGUCACUAAAAUAGCGCUUUCAAAGUCUUGUCUACUACAGUUAGUCUCUAAACUAAACGAAGUGUCUAACAGCUACUAAAGCAGUCAAAACUACAAUUAAUAUUAACAAAGAUAAUCAUAGCUUUUAUAUAGCGCUACUUUCAUGCUAAUAGCAUGCUCAGAGCGCUAUGAUCCAAUCUCAUUUGUGGACCAGUGGGGGGGGGGGGUAUCUGGGAGUAGGUUUUUCGUGCUGCCUUUAGGCGCUCAGUAAACACAACUCUGCCCGAGUCGGGUGUCGAACCUCGAGCCCACUUCAUAGGGAGCCAAGCCAAGCCAAGUUCAAGCGUACUCAACCACGCUUCCCACUAUAUAAUAAUAUUGUAAUAAUAAUAUAGUAAUAAUAACAAUAUACACAUAAUCACUCAAGUAAAGCAGAGCAGUAACAAAACUGUGUGUUGUUGUAAUCGUCCAUUUAUUGUCAUUGUAGAAUUAAACAUCCUGAUCAUCUCAAAGCCUCUUUCGUUGAGUGGUUUGCUAUUGAAUGUUGAAUAUCGAAUGUAUCGUGCCCCCUUGUCCCCU